UAGUCGUAUGUUAUUAUGUUUGCAGUGUCUGAGAGUCAGUCGAGACAGUCAGCAGUCGAGCCAUUCAGUGAUUGUCUGUUUAGGAUCUUCUCUGUGUGUCAGCUGAUCCACUGACUGACUAUCAUUUGAUAGGACACUCAUCUUUCAUUUGUCGCUAUUGUCACAUCUUUUCGUACAAAUAUUUUUUUUAGACAAAACAAAAGCAAACAAAACAGUUAAUGAUAAUCAAAGUCAAGUCUUCAACAUUUGUUUAGUUGAUCUCACAUUUCGGGGUUUCAAAGUCUCAUCAAAAGACUCGGUAAGAAUCGUAAAGAUUGCGGUAAAACAAAGUCAAUCACACAUUCCCGAAGACUUGCUAAUAGAGCGUCGAUAAGAUGUCUGUUGCAGAUCCAAAUGAUGACAACGUAUUCCUCGAAAACAACGGAUCUGAUAAUGGAUUGGCUUUGAUUCGCGAGAUCUUCGAUGGCACUGACGAUCUCAUGGACACUGAGUUGGAGAGAGCCUUAGAGAAUCGGAUGCAAACGAUUGUGAUUGAAGGCCGUCGUUUAGGCGAAGAAACGGCUCGUUGGAUAUCGAUUGGCAAUUGUUUAUACAAUACAUCCAUAUUGACGGGUAUCGGUUCCAUCAUAACGGGUAUCUUAUGGCCAGAUAAGCGCACCACUCAGUGUUGUCUGACUGGAAUCAGUCUAUUUACUAAUGGCAUACACGUGCUCUCGUGGCAAAUGGACGAGUGCUAUCACUAUCGGGUUGAGAACGACCCAAACAGUAUACCUGUCCCGUUGGCCGACUUUGACCAACCAGUUGUGCUCACCAGAAGGCCCUACAAUCAGAUCAAAAGGGAUAAUAUUUUUCAGACGGCAAUCUCAUUGAUAGCGUUAGCCUUCACUGCAUUCAAAAUAUAUAAAUCGUUUAAUUUGACUAAAAUUGUUGUAUAAAAAAUAUAUAAAUAUAUAUAUAUAUUA